AUGAAAGCUUAUCUACAAGAGCAGGAUUUGUGGGAUCUUAUCUCUGGUGAUGAAGCUAUAAUUCCAGAAGAUACACUACAGAAUGCCGAGUUGCGGAGGAAGUGGAAGAUUAAGUGUGGCAAAGCUUUGUUUGCUUUGCGAACAUCGAUCAGUCAGGAGUAUGUAGAGCACGUUCGUGAUGUGAAGUCGCCAAAGCAAGUGUGGGAGACACUUGAAAGGUUGUUCACUCAAAAGAACACAAUAAGGUUGCAGUAUUUGGAGAACGAACUUGCUGGGAUGACUCAACAUAAUCUUUCAGUUUCAGAAUAUUUUCUAAAACUUAAAACCUUGUGUUCUGAAAUUUCAGAAUUGGAUACAGAGGAGCCAGUGAGUGAAGCUCGUUUGGAAGCAUUGGUGAAACAAAUAAGCGGCAGCAACAAGUUGUCUCCCUCUCAAGUGGAGGAUGCUCUUUACACAAAAGACAAAGCAAAAAGCAAUUAUUACUCUAAGCAUGCUUCAGGUGACAACAAACAAUUCAAAACUGAAUGGCAGUUCAGAGGAGCAAAUGUUGCCCAUGAAACUAGUAAGUUUGAACAACUCAAGUGGGAGCAAUGCUUAUCAAUUGAAGCUGUUGAUCAACCUGUUGUUGUGAAUUCUAUUGUGCAACAAACAAAUGCAGAACCAUAUGCUAAUGCUUCCAUAGACUAUAGCAAGGAUUGGAUUGUUGAUUAUGAUUGCUCUCAUCAUGCAACGAGACAUGAUUCUUUACUCUCUAAUGUUCGUCCGCAUUAUGGAAACAAAGCUAUUGUUACAGCUAAUAAUUCAUUACAUCCUGUCGUGAACGAAGGACAGUUUGAUGUCAAGAAAGAUAUUUCCAAUGCUGGUGUCGUUUCUCUCGAAGAUGUUUAUCGUGUUCCAGGCUUAAAGAAGAAUCUUGCUUCAUUUUCUCAAAUUGCUGAUUCUAGGAGUGAUGCAUAUAUGGAAAAGACAGAAAUUCAUCAAGAUGUGGUUUGUCCUGGUUGCCAAUAUGGAAAAUCACAUCGUCUUCCUUUCCCGAAUUCGAAGAAUAGAGCUAUUGCUGCACUGCAGCUGGUACAUUCAGAUCUGAUGGGGCCAACUAGAAUACCCAGUUACAAUGGUUUUCAUUAUGUAAUGGUUCUUGUAGAUGACUUCUCUCGGUUCACUUGGGUGUUUUUCUUGGAACACAAAAGUGAGACUUUCUUCAAUUUUAUUCAGUUCAAGGAGCAGGUGGGGAAAGAAUUUGGGCUGCCAAUAAAGUGUCUAUGCACCGAUAAUGGAGGAGAAUACAUGUCUGAUCAAUUCCUAAAUUAUUGCAGAGAACAUGACCUUCGGCGUCAAAUGACUUGUCCAGAAACUCCACAGCAAAAUGGAGUUGCUGAGCGUAAGUUGGCACAUCUCACAUCCAUGUGCUUGUCAUGGUUGCAUGCAAAGAACCUUUCGAGAGAGCUACGGGCAGCAGCUAUUCAAUCAGCUUGUCAUGUCAUAAAUCGUCUACCUUCGUGGCCAGGAACAUAA